GCCCGGCGAGGCGAGGCGAGGCGAGGCCGCCGUGGAGGCGGCGCGGGCGCGACCGCCGGGUCUCGCUGAGGCGGGGCGGCGGCGGCCGGCGGGAUGAAGGUCAACUUGGGCGUCCUCUCCCUCUUCGUGGCCCUGGUGGGAGCGUCAAGCUUCGUCUUCCUCGUGGUGGCCAUCGCGACGGACUUCUGGUACAUCAUCGAUGCCUCCAGGCUGGAGACGUCCCGUAACGGCACGGACGCCCUCAGCUCGCACUCGGGUCUGUGGCGGACCUGCCGCGUGAGGAGCGAAUGUUACCCUUUGAUAAAUCCCUUCUGGCACGAGAAUGCAAACAUCACCGAUUCACACAGACAGCUUUUGUACAUGCAUGGAACAUUUGUCAUCCUGAUGCCCCUCAGCCUGAUAUUGAUGAUUUUUGGAGGAAUGACUGGAUUCAUCAGUAUUCUUGCCAGGGCCUACCUACUGCUUCUAAUGACGGGACUGCUUUUUCUUUUUGGAGCUCUUGUUACACUUACUGGGAUCAGUGUCUAUAUUGCAUAUUCAGCUGCUGCCUUCGAAGAAGCUGUCUGCCUCCUGAGGAGUAAGGAUCUCCUGGUAGAAAUCGACAUCAGGUUUGGCUGGUCACUGGCACUAGUCUGGAUCUCCUUUGUCGCAGAAGUGCUCACUGGGGCUGUGUUUCUCCUGGCAGCAAGAGUUGUGGGUCUGAAACGGCGACGUGAACAGACAUUAUGAACAACAGGUAUUGCAACAACAGAACCCUGCAGAACCUAGAAAUGUGGAUUGCUGGGUCCAUCUGGUCACUAGGGGUAAUAAAAGUGGCAAGGCUGUGACUGAGUAUCUUGUCAGCUGCUGUAAAGCCUUUUCCUCACAGUUAGCUACAAAACAUGAAGAUUCUGAUAAAUCAGUAAAACAUUUCAAGUGUUGUCAAUAAGAAAACCCUUGUGACUUUAGAGGAAAGUACAUUGCAGUGUUAGUGUUUCCAAAAUAAUUUCAGCUGGCAGCUCAUAAGACAUCUCCAUUCAUGCUUAGAACAAGGCGGAUUUCUUGCUUGCUUUUCCCUUUUCUGCUGUUCCAGCAAAGUGCCUCAGAGUGCCUUGCAGGCCAGUAUGCACGGUCCACUUGGCUUUUGGUUUCUCCUCUGAGACUCCUAAUAAGUAUGCCCAGGAUUCCAGUCAUGUUGGCAGCCUCUACCAGCAGACCUACUCUGAGAUGGCUACUUUGUGGUAGGUAGUGUGAUCUUCCUGCUGCCUUUGGAGGACCAUAGGGAUAUAUGAUGUCUAUACACCUGAACCCAGGGAACAAGUGUGAGGCGUAAAUAUCCUCAGUUAAUAUUGCAUACUUAACAUUAUUUUGUUGCACAAAAUAAAAUCAAAAAUAAAGAUCAAGAAUAGGAAGAAAUGCAGACUAUUUGGAGAACUUCAGUGAUAAUCCGGAGUACUAGGGCAUGGCUAGGACACCUAGUGAGGUGAAUAUUAAUCUUUACUCUGGUGUACACCUUCCAUAUUGGAUCUUUCUUUUCCCUCAUGUCUCCCCAAAGAGGCCAUCCUCGCUCCUGUACCACAAUCACACUAUUUUUUUGUGACAACACACAAAAAUGGGAUGACUUGAGAAACCAGAGAACCCCAGAAGCCUAAUCCAUGUCAGCUAUGUCUAAGGAGAGGUACAGCAUCAUGUUCUCUUUCCUAAAAUCAUUACUUAUAGGGUGAAAACGAAGAAAUUAGUAAUUUUCUAAAAAUUAGCUUUGGUGCUGUGAUAAAAUGAAAGGAUAUAGGGCCUAGAUACUGUGAAUGACUUGGUAUUAGUUAUCCAGCAGAUGGUAGUGACUAUGAUGGUAAAGUUCUCAAGUGCAGUGCAAUGGUAAGUGUACUGCAAGAGAAAGAUACAGCUGCUUUUCCAGAUGUUUUAAUAACUACUGUAGCCAGCCCCAAUCUGUCAGAUGGUCAGGCUACAUAUUUACCUCUUUCAGCUUAGUAGUAGCUGCUUUUUCAAUUCUGUAAUGCAGAAGAUGUAUCUGAUGCAUUUCUCAGUUUUUCUUAGUAAUUUUGAUGAUGCUUCCUUUUCAUGAGAUUUGUGCACAUGUUUUGUGCUAGAAUAUGUUUAACUUGUGCUGAAAACUGCUGAGUAAAGCUGAGCACACAGGAUACCUGAAUUUCAUCUCAGAUGCCAAGAAAUCUGGUUUUUCUUUAUUAGUUUUUCCUCUGGGUAAUAUCAUUUAAGAGAAAAUUUACUUCAGUGCCCACUGAAGCUAAUGAAGAAAUUUUCCUGACUGCUGUGGUUUUGAAUAAAGACUUGAAUGUGUUAACAGUUCCACUACAUUUCUGUUAGUUCAUGUAUUUCUGGAGGACUUCAGCAUAUUAUAGUUCAAGACUGUGACUCAGGAGCUGUGUCAGCAAGGCGCACUGUGUCAUUGGGCAAGUCCAUUGUACUUUCUCCAGUAGUGCAAAGGGCAUCAUUUACCUACCUCUGUUAAAUAUCAGAACAAUUUUAUCAUUGUGUCUCGUGUUAAAGAUUGCACAUUUACUCUUACCGAGCUCAGCUCUAAUCUAGUCCCACAGUACCAAUUACUUUACAAAAAAUAGUGGCAGGGAGCUUCCAAGAGCUUACAGUCUUUGGAGAUACAAGGAAACAUUAUUACUACCAUGCUGUGAAUGGAGAACUGAGGCAGAAAAACUGUCCAAGGUCACAUGAAACCCGAGCUGCUGAAUCCCAGUCUAAGACCUUAGUUGGCAGACCUUGCUUGUUAUCAGAAUGAAAUAAGGCUAGAAGUCCUGAAUAGACUGAGCAGUAGAAAUUCUGUGAAUAGCCAAUACAAUUUUGUAAUUCUCACUUGCUCCCACAUUGGUUUUCACAUAUUUUCCAUGUUGCCUUAUGUUGGGACUGUGUAAUUGUGUCAUUUUACAAGUUAAAGCGUACCAAAUCAACUUUAUAAGAAAAGUAAGAAAAAAAUCCUUUGUAGCCAAAAUUCCGUAUGCUUAAGUGAAUUAUGUAAAAUGUAAUAUUUCUAUUUUUUGGUGCUGGUGAAGCUAUUUAUAAUACAAUUUGUAUGAUGUUACUCAGACAUUACUGUAAGCUGUAACAGUAAAAUAUCAUCUGAGGGGUUUUUUGAGUAUUUAUUACAGAUGUUAUUUUACAGUGGUUUUGGAUGUUGUAAAAUUAAAUAAAAUGACAUCUCAGAGCUGGGAAUUAUUUACUAAGACGUGGAAGAACCAAUACAUGUAUUUUUCUUUAACUUUUUCUGCAGAUCUAUUCUACAGUUUAUAUGAUGCUUUUGAAGUGCCUGUGUCACAUGUGGUAGGUAUUUAUAAGAUACUUAGGCAGCUACAAUAAAAAAUACUCUAGUGAUCAAAUGUAAUUAGAAAGCCAAUGAAUCUGUUAUUGAAUUACAGCAAUUCUCAUUUCCAUGGCUUUCCUAAAUUUCUCAUUCUGGCUUCCUGCAAUAUCUGGCACAAUGGUAAUAAAGAGUAUCUUCUGCUCCUGAA